AUGUCACGUCUCGCCCUCACUCCAUUGACUUUUCUGGCACGAAGCGGAGUAAGAAAAGGGAGAAGAUGUUUCUCUUCGACCAGCCAAAGAUUGGCUCUUGGACGUAAAGCCAAACUAAACAAUGGUCUUAAGGUGGAUUUGAUAGGGUAUGGUACAUGGCAAUCACCUCCUGGUGAAGUAGGACCUGCUGUGUCCGAAGCUCUCAAAGUCGGUUACAGACAUAUUGAUUGUGCUCUUGUAUAUCGUAAUCAACCAGAGAUCGCUGUUGCACUCCAUUCUUCCGGAGUACCACGAGAGCAAUUAUUCCUCGUAUCCAAGUUAUGGAAUAACAGUCAUCGUCCUGAGAACGUUGAGAAAGAUCUCGAUCUUACAUUAUCUCAACUUCAAACGCCUUAUCUCGAUUCUUGGCUUAUGCAUUUCCCCGUGGCUUUUGCUCCCGGUCCAGAUCUCGAGCCACUUGAAGAAGGCAGUACAACCCGACGUAAAAUUGAUCUAGAAGCUCCUGGUAUCGCUGCCACAUGGAAGGAGAUGUGUCGAAUAUACGAAGAAGGCAAAAAAGUACGAAGUAUAGGAGUGUCUAAUUUCAACAAGGAACAAUUAGAAACUAUCAUUAAUGCUACUGGUGUUGUACCGGCUCUCAACCAAAUUGAAUGUCAUCCGGGUUUGAUACAACAAGAUUUGUUCGAUUAUUGUAAAGAAAAAGGAAUAGUCAUCACUGCCUAUUCUCCAUCUGGAAAUAACACGACUGGUAAACCGAGGAUUAUGGACCUACCGGAGAUACAAACAGUUGCUCAGAAAUUGGGAAAGAUGCCUGCUCAAGUUUGUAUUGCUUGGGGUGCUCAUCAGGGAUUCAUCGUGAUUCCUAAAUCAGUCACGCCCAGUCGAAUUGCUGCAAAUUUUGACGAUUUCGAAUUGUCAGAAGAAGAUUUCAAGCUCAUCAGUGAGGCUGGAAAGAAGAAUCCGGUUCGAGGGAAUGUCCCUGGUGAAUACAUCCCGGCCUACUGGCCCAUAAACAUCUUCGACACGGAAGCAGAGAAGAAGUUCCCACUUCGACCAUGGUAG